GGGUCACAUUGUGUUACAGAACCGCUUCCGUGUUGUGUUUGUUACUGGAAAACAGAAACUGCGUGAGGUGACAUAAUUUUCUCUCGCCCGUGACUGAGUAGACAGCGAUGCUUUUGUAAACCGCUGCGUCAGAAGAGAUAUUAGAUUGGGCUAUGUCGUUGAUUCCGGGCUCAAAGCAGAAGGACAAGCGCAUUUUAUGCGGGAUGUGCCCGGACCCGCAGUGCCAGGCGAAGCUCUUCUUCCCCGCACACACCUCCAUGAGCAUCGAGUGCACUGAAUGCGGCCAGAGACACGAGCAGAAGAACCUCGCGAAUGUGGAGGAAGUGACUGACCCAGAUGUAGUGCUUCAUAAUUUGCUGAGAAAUGCUUUGCUGGGUGUGCCAGGCCCUCCUAAAAAGGGCUCCGAGCUGGUGAAAGUGAUGGGACUGUCCAACUAUCACUGCAAGCUGCUGUCUCCCAUCCUCACCCGCUAUGGCAUGGACAAACAGACAGGCACUGCCAAACUCUUGAAGGAAAUGAACCAGGGAGAGAUCUUUGACUGCUCGCUUCUUGGGGACCGUGCUUUUCUCAUCGAGCAAGAGCAUGUGUCCACUGUUGGGUAUGGACGGGACCGGUCAGGGAGCUUGAUCUACCUGCAUGACACUUUGGAGGAGAUCAAGAAAGCAAACUUGAAUAGAGAGUGUCUUAUUCCCGUGCACGUGGAUGGAGACGGUCACUGCCUGGUCCAUGCUGUGUCCAGAGCGUUAGUUGGACGUGAGCUCUUCUGGCAUGCCCUUCGAGAAAACCUAAAACUCAAUUUCAAGCAGAACCUCGACUGCUAUAAAACCCUUUUCCAAGACUUUAUAGAUGCCGCAGAAUGGGAAGACAUCAUUAAUGAGUGUGACCCAUUGUUUGUCCCUCCAGAAGGCGUUCCCUUGGGGCUUAGGAACAUUCACAUAUUCGGCCUGGCGAAUGUACUGCACAGACCCAUAAUCCUGUUGGACUCCCUGAGUGGCAUGCGCAGCUCGGGCGAUUACUCCGCCACCUUCCUGCCAGGCCUGGUUCCAGAGGAGCAGUGCCGAGGAAAAGAUGGCACUCUGAACAAGCCCAUCUGCAUCGCCUGGAGUAGCUCUGGCAGAAAUCACUAUCUACCCCUGGUGGGCAUCAAGGGCUUGACUUUGCCCUGUUUACCUGCUGCACUGCUCCCGAAAGCAUGGGGUGUUCCUCAAGAGCUGAUUCGCAAAUACGUGAGCUUGGACUCCAACGGAAGCUGUGUGAUCAGUGGCGACCGGAGCCUGCAGGAUAAGUACCUGCUGCGGCUCGUAGGCGUGAUGGAGGAUGUCUUCAUGGACAAGCACGGCAUCCACCCCGCUCUAGUCGCCGAUGUCCACCAGUAUAUAUACCGACGCACUGGAGUGAUUGGCGUGCAGCCGGAGGAGGUGACGGAAGCGGCUAAGAAAUCCGUUCAGGAGGGUCGUCUCCAUCGCUGCCUUGUCUGCAACGCGCUUUCAGAGCUCCACGUCCCAGCAGAGUGGCUCAUACCGGGAGGGAAACUCUACAACUUGGCCAAGUCGACUCACGGUAUGCUGCGGGUGGACAAGAACUACAGCUUUCCUUUAAAUAGUUUGGUUUGUUCCUAUAACCCAGAAAAAGAUGUGCUGGUGCCCGACUACAAACUCAGCUCACUCACGGCCUGCACCUGGUGUCACGGUACUUCAGUGCGACGCGUUCAUGGCGACGGCACCGUCGUCUAUUUGGAUGGAGACCGUACCAACACUCGCUCACAGGGUGGAAAGUGUGGCUGCGGGUUUAAACACUUCUGGGAGGGGAAGGAGUACGACAAUCUUCCUGAAGCCUUUCCCAUAACUCUGGAGUGGGGGGGCCGUGUUGUGCGAGAGACCGUUUAUUGGUUCCAGUACGAAAUGGAUCCGACGCUCAACAGCAAUGUUUACGACGUGACGAUGCGACUUGUCACGAAGCACUUCCCCGGAGAGUUUGGCAGUGAGAUUCUAGUCCAAAAAGUGGUGAACACCAUCUUGCAUCACACCGCCAAGAGGAGCCAAGAUGAAUACAAUCCAGUUGCCAUCGAAGGUGCUCAUAUGCAGGAUGGGAGAGAUGGGAGCGAAUCAGUCGCUCACCCUCCUACUAAAAUCAUCCUGACGGGACAGAAGGGCAAAACCCUGCAUAAAGAAGAGCUGGUGAUGAGCAAAACCGAGAGGGUCUUGCAGCAUAGCAUCAGCGAGCAGGCGGCCUUGUCCCAGCGCCGUAGCACAGACCGCUUGCGCCAGCAAGAUCCUCGCCCAUCAUCUCCUUCCUCUUCAUCAUCCUCUGCUCCUCCCACACCCACCAAAGUGCCACCCACCAGUGGAGAGAAGAAGAUACGUGUAACGACCAGCGACGGGCGGCAGGCCAUGCUUACGCUGCAACCGCACACCACCUAUGGUGAGCUCCAAAACUCCAUCGUCCAGGUCUUCAACUUGUCGCCCGGACAGCUGUGCAUCCGACACGGCUUCCCACCCAGAGAGCUGCCCCCGCCGCGUCCCGAGGACCAGAACCAGCCCGUGGCGCUUCAGCAUGGCGACCGCAUCUCUGUGGAAGCGCUGAAAGAGAGCUCGCCCGAUACUCACAUGACCCAGACGCACUCUCACACACCUCAAACGCACGCUCACUCUGACCCACGACUCAGCCGCACCAGUAGCAGGGAACUUCAGGACAACAUUGACCUUGAGAUGUCAUCACUGUGUCUCCUGGCAGCACUUAUGGGUGAAGAUGUCUGGUCAUAUGCCAAGAAACUGCCUCACCUGUUCCAACAAGGAGGAGUCUUUUACAAUAUUGUGAAGAAAGACAUGGGUCUGUUGGACGGGAAGCACUGCACACUGCCCCAUUUGUCGGGCAAGACGUUUGUGUUCAAUGCUGCGGAGGGGCGUUUGGAGCUGUGUGUGGACACAGCCGGUCAUUUUCCAUUGGGCCCUGAUGUGGAGGAGCUCGUCCAGGAGGCCCUUUCCCAACUCCGCUCAGACGCAGCCUCCCAUAGCCACGAGGGAAGCCCCGCCCACGGCCUGCGAUUGGGCGCCGGCGGUGCAGUACGCAAGAAAGAGCAGACCGUCAUGGCCUUCCAGGGCAAAGGUCACUCAUUGGGUUCCGCCCCUCCAGAACACCAACCAAUCAGGCGGCAGCACAGCAGCGGCAUCGAUCUCAGUAACAGCGCUCGCGGUGAAGAGAUAACGUUGUCAGGGGAGGAGUUGGUGCGCGUGGCCCCGGGCAUGCUCACUUUACGCGAGGGCCCUGGUUUGGGGCUGGAGCCUGCCGUUAUCGAGGCCCAACGGCAGCGUCUGCAGGAGAUGGUCUCAAACAUACAGGCGUCUAUGGACAAACACUUGCGCCAGCACGCUGCAGCAAGGCAUGAUGUGAAGGAAGAAGAGGCUCCUGACAAACAGGAGGAUAUGGAAAGUCACGGUGCGGAGCCUCCCAGCACCUUUGAACCCAUGGACCAAUCUUGAUACUUCAUUAUCCGUAUAGCAGAUGUUUGUGCGUGACACACUUCCGUAUGACAGAGGAUCUGUUCUGAGAAGGAUAAACUGGAGAAUUGGAACGAGGCCUGACUUUGGUCCAAGGCCGAGCAUGAUGAUGUUGGAGGCUUGAUGAGCUUUUGAUUUUAAAAGAUUGGUUUUUGAUUUUUAAGUCGACAACAUCUAUACCAGAGCACUUUUCUGUGUGGACGUGUUUAUUAGCUCUUGAACAUAAUUGAUAUUGUUGGUGUAAAGAGCAGCACAAAAGAAAUGUUUUACUGCUUCAUGUAACAGACUCAAGCGCAGGUUGUUUCUCUGUGACUGCUGCCCUCCUGAUAUAUUAUAUUCCAGUGUACAAUAGUGGUAUAUAUUGUAUUAUACUUUCAUCUGUACAGAUAUUGAAUCUGUUUUUUUUCCCUUCUGGAUUGUUUCUCCUCUGUUUUUCAAUAAAAUAGUUGGAUGAUUCUACGCAGCUGAGGAAUCUGCUGUUUGCAUGCUUGAUUACUUUUCAGCCUAACAACAAUAAAGUUA